UGGUGGCACUUCACGUGCGCCCCAGUUCUGAACAGAAGGGCAGCAAGCGCGCGCGGUUGGACGCCAUCUACUGCGCUUUUGCAAUUCACUUCGCGUUUCCCGCGCGGGAAAAUACGCAAUACGAAUUUAAAAAAAGAACUAAAGACUUUUUAAAGCAAUUUAUUGUCAGCCAGUGACAUUAAAUCUUAAUAGCGUUUUUUUUAUUUUUCUAUUUUUUAUUAACUUUAAUUAAUGGCAAUAUAAUUAAAUAUGUUAUAAUAAAUCGAAUGAAAAUGGCAACGGUGAAACAUUUAUUUUUUUUGAUAUGUCAUACAGCAAUAUUUUUUUCUGUAUGCGUAACUGCGACCGUAGUGAGCGGAAGAAAAGUGAAAGCGAUGUCGCAUGUGCCCGUAUUGCAAUUAGAAAAAUUAACGAAUUCUGUAUGCACAAAUCUUUAUUUUUACAUUUCUGAGUAUUCGAGUACCAACUGCACGAACUAUUUUUGGAGUAAUGACUACAAAGUAUCGUCAGAUCCUUCGGCGGUGCAGGUCAAGUGUCAGACUGCCGGCAGUGUCACGUUGGAAGUGGGACCUUCAAGACAUAGGCAACUCAUCAUGCUAGUAGCAGAACACUAUAAACCACAUGAAGAGAUAUCAUACGGGCUGCUCCAACCAGGGGGAAAAUACGUAAAGCUGAGCACGCUUGCAAGUGUAAAAUAUACGGUUUGGACCGCCCAACUCUCAGACGAAGGUAUUCCUUAUAAGUGGACAAAAGCCACCAACGUACCUUUGUAUAAAGGUCCGUCAUCCAUCCACAAGAACUACGAUAUCAAAGUCACGUUCAAUGGAAACUUUUCUAAUGUUUUCACGAAUGUCAUUAAUGCUAUCUUCACCUGGGACUCUUUUGGUGAUGACGACCUAUGCUUCGAAAUCGUACAUUUCUGUCGCGAGAUCCCCUUAUACAAUGAGUAUAUAUGGCCAACUACAAAACCUAAUGUAACAAUAGAAAAUCUAAACCUAGAUGAAGAAUGCGAGUUAACAGUGAUGGGAGCCUAUGGCAAUACAAAAUUUCAGUACGAGACGCCUUCGUGUGCUGAACAUAAAGAAUGCGUGUUAAAUAAUUUGAAACCGCAAGAACCAAAAAAUGUGUCUCUUCACGCAAAAGAAGACUCUAAAGGCACGUGGUCCGUGCGCGUGAACUGGACUCAGCCGCGGCUCCUCCCAGAGCGUUAUAAGGUCACUAUUAGGACCGCUGUUCUUGAACGCAGCGUCUCCGCGCCGAAGAAUGCAACAGAAGUAGUGUUCAAUGACAUUGUUGCUGUCGGUCCUUACUACAACAUAUCGAUCUACGCGAUCAUUGGCGAACGUAGGAAGCACACCUACAGGCGAGGAAUAUUUCCUGGAGCGUUCCCGUGGGGCUGGGCGGCGGCGGCGGGCGCGAGCUGCGCGCUGGCCGCGGCCGCCACGCUCGCCGCCGCGCUGCGGUGCCGCCGCAAAGGCACAAGUGCACACCUCUUCAUGAAAGCGGAGAACAAGUCGCUGAAAGAGGAAGAGGCGGAGGAAAUCGACAUCGAAUCGGGCUCGGAGGACCAGUGGGAAGUGCGCUCGGACCGCGUGCUGCUGCACGAGGUCAUCGGCGAGGGCGCCUUCGGAGUGGUCCGUCGCGGCACGCUCGCGCCCAACGGCAGGGAGGUUGCUGUUAAGAUGCUUAAAGAUUUCCCAUCCCGGGAGGAGAUCCGUUCGUUCCGCGCGGAGAUGGAGCUGAUGAAGAGCGUGGGCGCGCACCCGCACGUGGUGAGCUUGCUCGGCUGCUGCAGCACGCGCGCGCGCCGCCCACUCAUCGUCGCCGAGUACUGCAGCCGCGGGGACCUGCUCACAUACUUACGAUGCUCAUGGGACGUGAUGGUGUCGAAACGAAACGCGAAAUAUUACAACAAUAACACAGACAGCACUGACUACCGCAAUGACUUAUUCAAAUGCAAGCUCCAAAAGGAGACCAAGCUCGUCAUCAACAAACUGUACGACCUCCAGGGCAUCUGCGACCUGGAGCUCACUCCCCUGGAUCUCCUCUCCUUCUGCCGUCAGAUCGCUAUGGGCAUGGAAUUCCUCUCAUCCAACAGAGUGGUACAUAGAGACUUGGCAGCUCGCAAUAUUCUGGUCACAGGGGACAGGACCUUGAAGAUAGCUGAUUUUGGAUUGUCGAGGGACAUUUACGAGGAGAAUCAGUAUAAGCAGAAAGGGAAUGGGAAGAUGCCGGUGAAGUGGAUGGCGCUGGAGUCGCUUACUAGGAGGAUUUACACCACGCAGAGUGAUGUAUGGUCGUUUGGGGUGGUGAUAUGGGAGAUAGUGACGGUAGGCGGGUCGCCGUACCCAGAGGUGCCGGUGGCGCGACUGGUGCGGCUGCUGCGCGCCGGCUACAGAAUGCCCAAGCCGAUCAACUGUAAUAAACAACUAUACGAUCUGAUGACGUGGUGCUGGCGCGCUCACCCGCGCGAGCGCCCCAACUUCACGGAGCUGCACGCGCGUCUCGACGAGCUCCUCAACAGCGCCAGCGCCAACCAGUACAUCACGCUGGAGCUGGACGACGAGCCACCCCCCACGCCCAGCCCACAGCGGUACAUCAAGAUGCUUAUCAGAGGUAAACGACCCUGGACCCGCGGUGAGAGUUACGAGCGGCCGCUGAACACCACCUGCAACCACUACACCUCACUACCAGUCGCUGCGACCAAGACUCAGUCAUGACAUCAAAGGCAUCGACCAAUUGUGCUAACGAAAACCGACCAACUGUGAGAAAUUUAGGGGAAAAGUGCUAUUGAACGUAUUUGAUAGGGUAAACGGCUCAAUGCUGGAACUCUAUUAGUAUUUUGUCAGUAGUUUCACUGAAACUAAAAAAAAAUUGUCUAGUUAAAAAACUUAAGGUGCCAAUAUUGAUUGCCAUGAUUCUGCACCACCCCAAGGUUGACUGGUGGAGAAUGCCUAUAGCAUUAAGUCCGCCUGUAUACUUUUGUAUAUGAAGUGCUAAAUAAAUAAAUGUUGGUGGGUUACCAAAACUGUCAAAUUUGGAAUAAUGAGAGUUUGAUUAGACUAUUAUAUAACGGUACGGCCGCACUAAGACGUCCUGGGUUCGAAUCCUGUCGGGCAAAAUGAUAUUUGGAUUUUUCUGUUCAGUAUCAGCCCCGAGUCUGGAAUUAGUGGCCGAUAUGGCGAUAGGCUCGCUCUCUAUCACAUCAUGGGACGGAACACACUUGGCGAAAAGCGAGUGCCUUGGUUGCGCCUCUGCAUUCUCCUUCGGGGAUAAAUGUGUGACGUGUGUGUGAUCAGGCUAUAAACAGUGUGGUCUUGAAUUAGAACUAGAAAAAAUACAGAUAUGAAUGUUGGAACUUUAAAACUACGUUAUUUUUUCAAGACUUGUGGAAGUAAAUCACAUAUUUAAAAAGUAUAUAUGUAUAAUAUUUAAUGAUCCUAAAAUAUAUUCCUUUUGGGACAACAUGUAUGUAAAUAAAAUGUCACUAACGAACAGGGUAUAACUGUUACGGCCUGUUUCAUAAAUUUCAAGUAAAUCUUGACAGUUAUCGUAUUAAACAACUAAUGUGGAUAGUACUCAUUUUAUUACCAUUUAUUUGGAAACAUUAGUGUGUCUUGUAUUUGAUCGGAUAAUACAUAUGUGAUAAAAAAGUAUUUACUCAGAAAUUAUGAAACAGGCCCUUAGUGUUUGUCAUUUUAGAAAUCAAAACGCUCUCUGUGACUAUAUUAUGUAAGUUUGUAUUUUUGAUACUACGUAGAAUAUUAAUGUAAAUAUUUUAUCAAUUUUGACUGAAAAAUUUAAUAAAAAUUAAGAAAUGUG